AUGGGAGGUGACAUUGCUUCCAAUGUGACAACGUUUAUUCUUCUUGGCUUCUCUGACUUACCCGUUUCAGUUCAGGCUACCAUUUUUACGUUCCUUCUCUCAGCUUACGCUCUCACUUUGUUAGGUAAUGGCCUCAUCAUUUUGGUGGUUUCAACAGACCCUCAGCUUCGCACCCCAAUGUAUUUUUUUCUUAGAAAUUUGUCAUUUAUGGAACUUUGCUUCACCAGUGUCACAGUCCCAAAAGUAUUGUCAGACUUCUUAUCAAAGGAGAGGUCCAUCUCCUUUAUGGGUUGUGCUGUCCAGAUGUACAUCUUUUUUACCAUUGGUGUAUCUGAAUGUGUUUUUCUUCUUGUAAUGGCCUUUGAUAGAUAUGUAGCCAUUUGCUACCCACUGAGAUAUACAACUCUAGUGAGUCCAACUCUAUGUUACCAGCUUACCAUGGGCUCCUGGAUGAUUGGAUUAUUAGUAUCUUCAGGACAAACCACCUUCAUCUUUAUCCUGCCCUUCUGUGGUUCUAAUCAAAUUGCUCAUUUCUUUUGUGAUAUUCCACCUCUGCUCAAGCUGGCCUGUGUGGACACAUUAAUCAAUGAACUAUCAGUAUUCAUUGCUUGUACGCUAGGAGCUGUAAUACCUUUCUUACUCAUUAUUUGCUCCUAUAUGAAAAUCCUGUCCUGCAUACUCCUCAUAAGCUCUGCAGAUGGUCGCCAUAAAGCCUUCUCUACAUGUGCCUCUCACUUGAUGUCUGUGUUCCUGUUCUACGGCACAGCAAUGUUGGAAUAUCUACGUUUGGGGACACAUCCCUCUACUAGCAAAGAUAGGUUGAUAUCUCUCUUCUACUGCAUUGUUAUUCCAGCAAUUAACCCUCUGAUUUAUAGCCUGAGAAACACAGAAAUGAAAACCGCUUUGAGAAAAAUCCCCUCAAAGAUGAAUGAAAAGUGA